AUGGAGACGGCAGGGACCAAGAAGAAAAAAACCCCCUGGACUCCAGUGGAUAAUUUCUUGAUCUCCUUGCAAAAAAAAACACCAAAUUAUCGAGUCGCAUGGGGGCAAUGUAUCUUAGAAAAGGACCAUGCGCUAUUUGGUUCCGGACAAACGCAAUUUGAAUCCCUGCCGGAUGAUGUCGAUCUACUUCCAACUGAAGAAGAGAUACAGGAACUGAUUGCGUACAAUGAAUCCACCAAAUAA